AGUUCCACCGGCCUGCUGUAACAGCCCAAGCCGUGCGUCAGAAAGAGAAAGAAGAAGAUUUCAUGGCUGCCAAACAACAAUGCUGUCCAAGUAUCCUAAUGUUACCAUGGUUGGCUCAUGGCCACAUAUCUCCUUUCUUAGAGCUAGCCAAAAAACUCUCUCACAAAAAUUUCCACAUAUAUUUCUGUAGUACACCAAUCAAUCUGAUGCCCAUCAGAGAAACUCUUCCUAGCAACAUGUUCUCAUCAAUACAACUCAUAGAUAUAAACCUUCCUUCCUCCCAAGAACUCCCUCCUCACUACCACACCACCAAGGACCUCCCACCCUAUCUCAUGUCCACCCUCAAAGCAGCCUUCGACGCGGCGCAACCCUCCUUCUGCAACAUCCUGAAGACACUGAAGCCCAACCUAGUCAUCUAUGACUUCUUGCAGCCAUGGGUGCCGAAAGCAGCUCGCGAACAAAACAUCAAUGCUAUUAUUUUCUUAUCUGCUGGGGCAGCAUGUUGCUCUUUCUUUGUUCACUAUGCCAACAGUCCUGGCGAGGAUUAUCCCUUUCCAGCCUUGAGUUUUCCUGAAAACCAACUCGAAAAGAUUACCCAGUUCAUGCGGGGCACUGCAAAUGGUCUCACAAACAAGGAAAGGUUCAUAGAGUGCCUUCAAAGAAGUUCUAAGAUAGCUUUGAUCAAGACGUCAAAAAAUGUUGAGGCAAAGUACAUAGACCUUUUGGCUGCUUUAAUUGGUAAGGAGGUGGUUCCUGUUGGCCCUCUUAUUCAGGAUCAUGUAAACAAUGGUCAUGAAGAUGAUGAUGAUGCAGUAGUUAUCAUGGAGUGGCUAAGCAAGAAGGAUCCUUGUUCGGUCGUGUUUGUUUCCUUCGGAAGCGAGUACUUCCUUUCCAAGGAAGAAAUGGAGGAGAUAGCUUAUGGGCUAGAGCUGAGCAAGGUUGGCUUUAUAUGGGUUGUAAGGCUUCACGGAGGAGAGAAAAUUAAGGUUCAUGAGGCGUUGCCAGAUGGGUUUCAACAGAGGAUGGGGGAGAGAGGCUUGGUGGUGGAAGAUUGGGCUCCGCAGGCGAAGAUACUGAGCCAUCCAAGCACUGGUGGGUUUGUGAGUCACUGUGGUUGGAGUUCAGUGCUAGAGGGAAUCAUGUUUGGUGUACCAAUUAUUGCAGUGCCGAUGCAGCUUGACCAGCCCAUAAAUGCUAGAUUGUUGGUAGAUGUUGGUGUAGGUGUGGAGGUUGAGAGGCGGAAUGAGAGGCUUAAUAGGGAGGAGGUGGCAAGGGUUAUCAACAGAGUUGUGUUGCAAGAAGGAGCAGAAAGCAGGAGAAAAUCCAAAGAGCUGAGUGAGAAAAUCAGGGAGAAGGGAGAUGAAGAGAUGGGUCAAGUGGUGAAGGAACUGAUGCAGAUUGUUAGAGAAUCAGGAUAUUUUGCAGUCUCAGGGGAAGAGGGAACAAAUAUAUGACAAAUGAAAUGUGAAGGCUAAUGCCAUCUUUGUCUCUGGGAAGUUAAUUUACGUUUGAAAUUGGCAGUAUUAAGCAUGGAGACGGGGAAUCACAUGCAUAAGCGGCUGUUUCCUUUGGCUCUCUCUCCUCUUUAUUUUACAUUUUGUUUAGUUAAAAGAGUGUUUUGGCUCCUUCUUCAGAAAUGAGUUGUUGAGUUUUGUACCCAGAUAAGAAGAAAUGGUGAGACUGAAACUCUGUUACUGUUUCUAACAUGUUGAGCCAGAUUUACAAACAGUGACUUAUAAACAGGUCCUUAGGGAAAAAGAAAAAGGAAAAAUGGCUGUUGUCAGCUAGUGUGGGAGGUUCUGCCCCCCAACUAGGCUCUUUAGGAGUGUGAAUUGGGGUUUGUCUUCUGUCCUUGUCACUAUCCUGAUUCUGCCUGAAAUGUUUGAUCAACUAUAAUUAGGAUUUCACUGUCCAUGAAGUAUCAGGGAAUAAAUGCUGAUUCUUACAACUUGGUCAGCUCAUUUUGCAUUCGUCUUUCUUGAACAGUUAUAUUUGAUAUUUUGGAA